AAGUGUAGCAGCUUUUAGGCUGAGCAGAGCAGCUGGGGUUGCCAAAGGUGACGUGCUGUGGCCAGUGAAAGUAAUAGGGUAUGUCUACACUACGAAAUUAGGUCAAUUUUAUAGAAGUCGAUUUUUAGACCUGGACUGUAGGUUCCACCAGAGGGAACGUCUCUGGGCUGUUCCCCAACCCACAUGGUGGAUCAGCAGAGACUGUAGGGAUUGUUCUCCUUCCUUUUCCCCCUGCUGGCCGGUGAUGAAAUUAUCUGAGUAAAACAGCAGAUCUGAGCCAUGAAAGCGGCCAAACUGAUAGUGGCGGCUCCAGGCACCAGCGCUCCAAGUGCGUGCCUGGGGCAGCAAGCCAUGGAGGGAAGGCUUGCCGGUUGGUGUGAGGGCGGCAGUAAGGCUGCCUUCGGCGGUGCACCUGCCGGAGGUCUGCCGGUCCUGUGGAUUUGGCAGCAAUUCGGCAGCAAGAAUGCCGAAGCGGUGGGUCUGGUAGACCUCCCGCAGGCACGCUGCCAAAGGUAGCCUGCCUGCCAUGCUUGGGGUGGCAAAAAAGCUAGAGCCGCCCCUGCAAACUGAGGGCUGCCAUGAAUCUCGGAGGCAAGCAAAUCCACCAAUAAGCGCAGGACCCACGAAGGUAGAGGAGGAACUUUGUCACAAAUUAUUGUGGGGCAGUUCUCUGGUCUGUGUCCUAGGCCUGGUCUACACUACGUGUUUAUACCGAUUUUAGCAGCAUUAAACCGAUUUAACGCCGCACCCGUCCACACUACGAUGCCCUUUAAAUCGAUAUAAAGGGCUCUUUAAAUCGGUUUCUGUACUCCUCCUCAACGAGAGGAGUAGUGCUAAAAUCGGUAUUAUUAUAUCGGAUUAGGGUUAGUGUGGCCGCAAAUCGAUGGUAUUGGCCUCCGGGCCGUAUCCCACAGUGCACCACUGACUGCUCUGGACAGCUAUCUGAACUCGGAUGCACUGGCCAGGUAGACAGGAAAAGCCCCGCGAACUUUUGAAUUUCAUUUCCUGUUUGGCUAGCGUGGAGCUCUGAUCAGCACAGGUGACCACGCAGAGCUCAUCAGCACAGGUAACAAUGCAGUCUCCUGGGAAUAGAAAAAGAGCUCCAGCAUGGACCACACGGGAGGUACUGGAUCUGAUCGCUAUAUGGGGAGAGGAUUCAGUGCUAACAGAACUCCGUUCAAAAAGACGAAAUGAAAAAACUUUUGAAAAAAUUUCCAAGACCACGAAGGAGAGAGGCCACACCAGGGACUCAGUGCAGUGCAGAGUGAAAGUGAAGGAGCUCAGACAAGCCUACCAGAAAACCAAAGAGGCAAACAGAAGGCCUGGGGCAGGGCCGAAAACAUGCCACUUCUACACUGAGCUGCAUGCAAUUUUAGGGGGCUGCGCCACCACUACCCCCCCGCCCUUGGAUUCCAUGGUGGGGGUUGUAAUCUCAGCCAUGCCUGAGGAUUAUGCGGAUGGGGAAGGUGAGGAGGAGGAAGAGGAGGACGAGCUUGAAGAGAGCACACAGUGCUCUGUUAGCCCCAACAGCCAGGAGCUUUUUCUGACCCAGACGGAAUUACCCUCCCAGCCCUCCCAAGCCACUAGCCCAGACAGUGAAGCCAUGCAAGCAACCUCUGCUGAACAUUUUUCAAGCCUCCCUACUCCAUCCCGAAGGCUAGCUCAGAUAAGGCGGAGGAAGAAGAGGACGCGAGACGAAAUGUUCUUUGAAAUCAUGGAAGUAACCCGCAAUGAAAGAGCUCAUCUGAAUCAGUGGAAGGACGUGGUAUCAAAUUACAGGAAGGAUGCCAGUGAACGUGAGGACAGGAGAGACGCUCGAGAUGAGGUGGCGGCAGGAAGAUCAGAGGUGUAGACAGGAAGAUCAGCAGUGGCGGAAUGAAACGCUGGGGCUGCUGCGUGAUCAAACUGACAUCCUCCGACGUCUGGUGGCGCUUCAGGAAGAGCAGCGAGGUCAUAGAGUGCCGCUGCAGCCCCUGUGUCACCACCCUCAGUAUUCACCAUGUUCCAUAUCUUCCUCACCCAGACGUGUAAGAAUGCGUGGGGGAAGGCUUUGUGCACCAGCCCACUCCACCCCUGUAGACAGUCCAACCAAAAGGCUGUCAUUACAUUGAAAUGAUUUUAGUGGCCUUUUCCUUCCCUCCUAUCCUCCUCCCAAACCGCACCCGGGCUACCUUGCCAGUUCUCUCCCUCUUUUUAUAAUGAACUUUUUAAUAAAGAAUACAUGAU